UCGCGGGGGACGACGUCGCCUUCGCCGGCCCCGAGCUGGGCGGCGGCGCCCCGGGGGUGCAGCUCGCCUGCGACGUCAAGCCAGGAGAAAAUGAAGUUCCAUCUGAAGAUGCCCUAAUACUACAGCUGCACCUUGCAAAAGGGCAUGAGAAAUUUACUGAAAUGCUAAAAAGCCAACAGCAGAUCAUUGUUGAUUUGCAGCAAAAACUGGCAGAACAGCAGCACAUAUUGAUUAGCCAGCAACAGGAGAUUAUUGAACAGCAAAGAAAGAUGUAUGAGCAAAUGGAUCUGAUCAAAGUCCAGUAUGGCAUGCUUUUUGAUACAGUGAAACAAAUGUCAUUUCAGAGUUUGCAAGAAGAUAUUCAAAAUUAUUUUGAAAGUCAUCUUCAAGGACUUCAGAACCAGGUCAGAAAUCAUCUCCAGAAGUCAUACUCUGUGCAUAAAGUAGACGUGCAUGCAAAAGUCAUUAAUACUGGGGAGUCUUUGCAGGACUGUGGCCUUUGUGAAAGUGAUGAAUUUUGCAAUUUCCAGAAGACACCUUCACAAUGUGAAAAAUGCACAUUGUGUCCUGCUGGUUUCUUUCAAAUGACUGAGUGUUCAACGAACUCUGAUCGGAUUUGCCAGGACAGAGAUGAGUGCACUGAAUCUCCAAGCAUUUGUGGUGAGAAGAUAAAAUGCCUGAAUACUCCAGGUGGUUUCCGGUGCCUUGGAAUUGCUGAGAAAGAUGCAGCUUUGGGACUGUGUGGACAGGAGUAUUUCUUUAAUAAGGAAAUGCAGGAAUGCCAGGCAUGUUUAAAAUGUGAGGAUGGAAUGAUGGACAUUCCUUGUUCCGCUGUCAGUGAUACAGUUUGUUCAGCAACCAGUGAAAACAAGCUCUCGGAGUCUUGGGCUGCAAACAUCGUUCUACCCUCUGUGAAGUCUGGCAUCUUGCAGGUUUACUCUGGCUUGAACUUGAAGAUAAAGGGAAAGCUUCCCUGUGAAAUCUUGUCUGUUGAAGAUAACAGUCUGGUAUUCAGGCAACAUGGUCUGUUGUGGACUGACCUAAAUUUUGCAGUAAAGCAUAACUGCAGGAAUUUUUUGCAGCUUUCCUUAAGGCUAAAUGGCAGUGAGGAAGGCUAUGAACUGAGUGGUGUUCGCAUUGAACAGCCAGAAGGAAAGUAUUUCCAGAGCACUAGUUUAAGCAGCGCUGCUGAAGUGGAGCCCAGCCAAACUCUUUCUGUGUAUCUGAGGAGCCCAAAUCAAUUCUGCAAUCAAAGCAAAGACUUAAAUAUUUAUGAUCUUAAUACCCCGCUCAGUUUGUUUUGGUUGUCCCAUGACACUGGUGCUGUGGCACUCAGUGCACAGAUGUCAACGGCAAUGCAUUACCAAACCAACUAUCGACCUACCUUUAAAAUAAUAUCUGUUUCUGACCCUUACAUGCUAAGUUUAUCUCUUGAUGGCAGAGCUAUAAAGUUCACCGAAAGUGGUGUUGUCAAAUUUGUGUUCCACCAAGCGUUGUAUUCCAUGGGUCAUACAUGUGUUCGGGAGGGCUUCUCCUUAAUUUCUUAUAUCAGCAGGAAUGGUACCAACAGAGAAUUAAUGAAUGUAUUUAAAUCUGGGGUAAAUUACAGAGACACCUCAAUAUCUGCUUCUGGAGCCACAAAAGUUGGUGCUGGAGAUCUGAUGAGCUUUGAGAUACUUUCUCCUGCACAGUGUAAUGUUCGGUAUUUUGGAGAUAGUUCUGGAAUUAGUAUGUUUAGCCUCAUCUGGAUGCCUUCAGCAGUUUCUAGUGCCAUCUCAGCCACAGUUUCUGUUACAGGUCUGCCUACUGGAGCUGUGAGAAACAAAUUACUAGAUUUCACCCAGGUCUCAUCCAAUGAGAAGCAAAUACAGCUGGUUUCUUCUGGACUGCUUGCUAAGAAGUAUUUCAUUUUUACUGAAAAGGGAGUUGCCAGCCUUGCAUUUAAUUUAAAGCUAAUCCACUCGUGCAAUGUGCUCAAAAUGACUCUCAAUCAGUUGACCAUGGAUCAGAUGCAACCCACAGCAAUUGCUCAGCAGAUUGGAGGUCAGAUGCCAGAGGGAAGCAUAUGGACCAGUGUGUCCCUCUGUGCAUCUUUUGAAGUACAUAAUGGGACACUGAUAUCAGUUUCUCUUGACUGUGUGCGUGGAAGGAUCAAUCAGAUCACUCAUGAACACGGAACCAGUAUAUCUAUUUUAUGGAUUUCAUCUUAAUUUCUGUAUAGUAAAGGCUGAGGUUUAAAUCGCAUUUGGAUUCUACUCUGACUCUGUACAUAUUUGACACUUUUGGCUGUGUCAACAUGAGCAGAUUGUCCCUCUAAAAUGCUCUCGAUUUUAGGAAUAUUUAAAUAUAAGCUUAAUUGAAUGAUCAGUAUUUAAAGAAAAGAGAGUUUUCAGUGUUCCAAAUGUUCUUUUAAUGUCUUCAGGCACAAGAACUUUGAAUUCAGGUCAAACUCUCUUGUUUUUGGUAAAGCAGUCUCUUAAAAUGAGUUAUUUCUAGACCACAAGAAAUGGCAGGUGAGGGUAAAUACAUACCUUUUAGUAUGGCAACUGAAAGCAGCGCAGACAAAUAAUGGAAACCUGCUUUCAGCUUCUUCACUGCAGCAGACUAGUAGUGAGACUAAGUGCACUUUGAGGCUAAUUUGUCUACAUCUUAUAAAGUGCUUUUCUUUCUGUAAAUGAAGAGAACGUGCCUCAAAUUAGAGGUCAUUCUAUGGUGACACUGGAAUAUGCAUGCUUAAUAUUAUAGAAAUGGAUAUGGGUCAAAAAUGGAACAUAGCUUUUACAAAAUAUAAUAAUUGCAAAAUAUAAUAAUUGCUCUCAACAAAAACAUUAGAACUAAUUACUGUUGUAAUUUCAUUUGGAAAUAAUAUGCAUUUAAGUAAUUUGGGAAGGUUCUUUCCUGAUUUUAGGUUUUGCCACUGAAAAAUUGCAGGAUGAUGAAAGACUUCUCUUCUAAAAAAUAAGAGUGUAUAGCAGAAGAGAAACAAAUAUUAAAGAAUGUCUUGAAAAUAAAACUAUUGGAAAUUAAGCAAAUUUUUAUUCAGUUUCUUAUAAAUGACAAAAUAUUUCUCUGACCAAAAAGGAACACCAUUCACAAACAUGCUUAUUUUGCUGAGCAGAUAUUUAAUUUUAAAAGUUUUUUUCUUUUUGUUAGAUCACAGUUAAUUCUAAGAAGGAAUGAUGUAUUCAGUGAUGCAGAUUUUGUCUUCUUCCAACUCUUCCGUCAAAUUAUUCUUUCUUAUGCUAAUCUAUGUUGAGUGUUUUCUCUCAUUUUCUCCUUUCUCCUUCACCAAUGCUGCUUUUUGCUCUCCUUUCUCAUUUCUUUUGUUAGGACUACAUGGCAUGCUCUGUCACAUAGCUCAACUCUUUCCAGCCUUCUUUCACCAUCCCUACUAAAGAACAGAUGUAUGUAUGUCACAUCUGUCCCAGAAGAGGGACAUUAAUAAGGCACUCACAGGCUGCCUUACAUCAAUCUUACUGAAGGAAGGAAUAUUGUGCACGAUAUAAUUUUAUUGUAUCUAAAAUAUAUGCACUUUCCUGCACUCUUCAACUGGUUUAGAGUUUGUCACACUGCUUUUGCUGUUAUAGUCUCCUCCUAUAAAUUUCUGUGGAAGCAUGAACCCAAAUGCAAGACUUGUAUCUGGUGAUUUUAUUUUCACUUGCCAUUUUAGAACUCUGUCCUUACACUUCCAAUUGUCUUUCCCUCAUCCUUUUUUCUUCAGGUUUAUACUCAAAGAUGUGCAGACUUCCGACAAAUUGCUCCCAUGCUUCAAACAGAGCAGUCCAUCAAAAGAUUCCUUGUGUUGAAGCCAGUAUGAGUCUGCAGACCAGAGUAAGCCUAGUCCUGGUGUCCCUGAAGUCUGUGACAGAGGUCUUGGUGCCUUCAUGUAGGCAGGCACAUUCAUUCUGUCAAGGACACAAGGAAGGACAAGAGUAAAGCCAAUAUUAAAACAAUAUUUGCAAAUACUGUUAUUGUUACAGCGUAUAUUUUGUAGUGGUAGAGGAAGACUUCUGGAAUGAGAGGAUGUGUAUCUAUUAUAUCCAGAAGAGCUGUAUUACCUAGAACCAGAGCAGUAUUUCUGGGUACUUCACUCUGGAAGUCUGUUGAGACUGAAUAAAUGCCACAAGAGUUAAACUUUUCUGACGUGUCCAUGUGUUUAAUAGGCAAAGUAGUGAAAUGAAUAGGAAUCUAGGUGAUAUCAAGGCUGUCAUAUCUUCUUGAACAAACUCCUCUCUACGAAGAGGUCAUUUUGCAGGGAGGGGUCGAUGAGCAGGUAGCUCACAUGAGUGCAUGUGACAAAAUAGAAGCUCUGCAGAGAGCAGAUUUGUGUAGUUCUUCUUCAGGGGAAGACAAAGUCACUUUCUCACAGAUAAACCACCUUGUUUUUCCUUGCUAAUUUGUGCUAUGCAGUGUGUUAAAGACUGCCACCCCCUUCCCCCAGUAUAAUGGCAUCUUAAGAGGCAUUUUAGAUUUAAACCUCUGUAGUGGAGAGCAGAAUCCAAUAUUGGACAUAAUCUACUACAUCUUUAGCAUAGUGCAGAUGUUACUUAGUAAUAAGCAUUGGCAGAUGUUACUUGAAUAUAAUAAGUAUUUGCCUAUAUACAGCAUAUAGCAAAUCUAAUGGCUUGAUUUGGAUGGGUAUGCUUUAUUUGAAUGAGACUGUGAUAUCAGUGGAAUUCCUUGAUUACGGAAGAGACUGAUGCUCAAACCCUAUAUUACACAUAUGGUGGUGAUUCUUGCAUUUAAAUGCACCAGUAUUAAAGGAUGCAGAAACUACCAGGGAGGUACAAAUAAACAUUACUACAGCGAAGAGAGAUUUCACACCAUGAAUUCUUCAGCAUAGUUAGUGUUGUCUGAGGAUUCUAGGGGGAAUGCCCAUAAUUGCCCUUAAAUUCAGAGUAGAUUUUCAGAUGCACAGGGGCAGAAGUGCAGGAUCUUGCACUGAUCUGGUGUCAGUAAUGCAUAUGAUACUCAUUUGCUAAUGCAAUCUGUGAUAAGGUACUCACAUGAUGGGCGAAAAAAUCUUAUUAAAUGCGUAGUAUUAAUUGUAACUUGCAGCAAGCUUAGCGUUACUCCAAGCAAGAAAAGGGUGAUAAAUUGAGCCUCUGUUGCAUCUCUCCCUUUAAAAAAAAAACCAAAACAAAAAAACCCCCCUCCUGACUCCAUAGUUUAGACCACUCACUGACUUUGGUUAUAGUAACAGGAGUUUGGAGUGUCUUGAUCAGUGUGGACUUGUGAUACCCUUAAUUGAUGGCACAGUACAUAGCCUUUGCAUUUAUGAAAAUGAUAUAUACUGUCUCAUACCAUGCAGCACUAAGUGGUGUGCCAUGAUCCUAAAAAGUUCAAGAGGAACUGGAUGAUAUUUAAUGAAUGCUAAUUUUAUGGCACUUAUCCCAUUUGUUGUAAUAAACUGCAUGUUUUAUUAACAGGUAUAUCUUCUUAAUUGUAUUUACAGCUUUUGAACUUUUUAAUUAUUUUUUCACACAGCUUUUUUUUCAUUAGUAGCAAGAUAUAAUACUAUGAAGUACAGAAUAAUUUUAGGUUUUUUCCUUCUGCAUCUUUGGUACUACAUUCAUUAAAAUAACUGGAGACAGUCUCUCCAUUCCUGCCUGCCAAAGAGCAUUUCCAAUAGAGGCAUUCAUAAAGUAAUAGAGUAAGAACGAGGCUGGCAGAAUCUAGCUGUAUAGAAAGAAUUGAAGUUAAUACAUCCAGGAAGGCAGGUGGUUAUUUUAUUUAUGUCAUGCAGAUAAUGGGCAACAUUAGGUUGUUAUAGAAAACAUGACCAUUACAGGAGGAAAAUAAUUUAGGUUGUAUAGUGGUGCUAAAUGUAAGAGGAAAAAGGAUUUGCCUUACAAAGACCUGCAUAAUUUUGUUUUGUGAAACAUUUUGAAAAUUCAAAGAUUUUACCCUAAUAUAUUUUAUUACCUAUAAAAUUUUUUUAUGCUUUAUAUGAAGUCAAAACUGGGAAGAGUAUGUUAAGUCUAUUUUAAUAUUAUGGGUGCUUCCUCUGUUAUGCGGUCUCUGCAGAUUGCAGUACAUUGUGAAAUCUAUACUAGUUUCAAGUGGUGCUUUUUAAUGGAAUUUCCUACUUUGAAAUAUUACGUUGUUUUAAAAGUACU